AUGGAUUUCACAUUUCAGAAAAGUAGCACAAGAAUCACCACCACCCACAUUGCCCUCCUCCUCCUCUUGACAUCAUUCUUCAAUUCCAAUCCGGCCAACGCCUCCAUCCAUAUCUACCACAAAGACGUCUUCCGCGAAGUUGGCAACGCCUUCCUCCUCUCCGGCGGCAGCGAAGGAAUCGCCGCCUCUCCCUCCUCCCGCUCUUAUAUCCGAUUUGAGAAUAUCACCUUCUGGAGGAAUGAGGCUGCAGCUGACAGGAAGCGUAGCAAUGGGCUGAUACAGGUCAUCAUUUUCGAAGCUGCGGAUCGGAAUAAUAUCGGCGGUUCUGCUUAUGGAGGACAGAGAUCUAUAUGUUGCACCCCUGAUCUUGCAAAGAUGGAAGGUUGUAAGCAAGGGGAGGUCAUUAGGAGACCUUCUGCCGCUGAUGCUAAUUGGCCUGUUGUGUUGAAUGUCAAGUUCAGAGGGAAGAGUCUGUCUAAAGAGAUGGAUUACAAAGAGAUUUCGAUCACGAAAACGGGGAUGUAUAACUUGUUUUUUGUGGCAUGUGAUCCGAAACUGAAGGAAUUGGUAAUGAGUGGGAAGACGGUGUGGAGAAGUCCUGAUGGUUAUCUACCUGGUCGAAUGGCUCCACUGAUGAAGUUUUUCGUGUUCAUGGCACUUGCUUAUGUGCUGAUUGGUGUAAUUUGGCUUAUUCAGUAUGUGAGGUUCUGGGAUGAUAUUCUGCAACUUCAGCAUUGCAUCACGGCUGUAAUUGCUCUUGGAUUGUUUGAGAUGAUUCUUUGGUAUGCUGACUAUGUCAAUUUUAAUAAUACAGGGAUGAGGCCAGUUUUUCUUACGACAUUGGUUGUGACGGUUGGAGCUGUGAGAAAAACUGUUUCCCGUCUCCUUAUCCUCACUGUUUCUAUGGGCUAUGGUGUAGUACGGCCUACUCUUGGGGGUCUUACCUCCAAGGUGCUUUUGCUUGGAGUAACAUUUUUUCUGGCCACAGAGUUGCUUAAUAUUACCGAGUAUGUUGGGACAAUUAAUGAUGUAUCAGGAAGAGCGAGAUUAUUUCUUGUUCUUCCUGAUGCUUUCUUGGAUGCAUUUUUAAUCUUGUGGAUUUUCACUUCUCUCUCAAAAACACUAGAACAGCUACAGACAAAGAGAAGCUCUGUCAAGUUGGAUAUGUAUAGGAAGUUCUCAAAUGCAUUAGCAGUGACAGUCAUUGCCUCACUCGCAUGGAUUGCUUAUGAGGUGUACUUCAAAGCAACAGAUCCCUUCAACGAGAAGUGGCAUAGUGCUUGGAUCAUCACUGCUUUCUGGGAUAUUCUUGCAUUUGCAUUGCUGUGCGUUAUCUGCUAUCUUUGGGCACCAUCUCAGAACUCUCAGCGGUAUGCAUACUCAGAGAAGCUAGGAGAAGAUUCUGAUGAUGAAGAAUCUCAGUCUCUAACUGCGGGCAAGCCAGAGGGUGAUAUCAGUUUAGUCAAUCAAGAAGUGAAGGAUGUUGGAAGCACGGGAGAUUCUGAUGAAGAGGACACAGAAGAAGAUAAGAGGGAAUGAUCUUUCAAUGGCAUUACUCUUCCAUUGCUCACAACCUUACUCUAUAUACAAGCCCAUGGAGAAUGUAGUUGAAUGUCUACCCCUCGGUUAACUUCUAUGUGCUAAGCAAUGACCCUUUGUCCCACUUAACGGCUUCCAAAGAGGUGUUGUAAAAUUUUUGCUACUUCCUACUAGAAUCAAAAGGCUGCCUUAUUUCUUGUCCUUGUUUGUGAUGCUAAUUUUUUUAUUGUAUGUAAACAUUAGGUUGUCAGCCUCAAUUUCUGAGAGUAGAUGAAUCAUGAAAAAGAAAAGCUGUGUAUUGUAAAGUUCACCAAAUUGUUAUUGUGAUAGAUACUGUACAUUGUC